CUGUCCCUUUUCCACCAACACAUCGCUUGACAUAUGAAGAAGUGUUUGAUAUAGAUGGAAAACCUAGGGUUGACAUUUUGAAGAACCACUUAGUAAAAGAAGGUCGGGUAGAUGAAGAAAUUGCACUUAGAAUCAUCAAUGAGGGUGCUGCAAUUCUACGAAGAGAGAAAACAAUGAUAGAAGUUGAAGCUCCAAUUACAGUAUGUGGUGAUAUUCAUGGCCAGUUCUUCGAUCUAAUGAAGCUAUUUGAAGUUGGAGGAUCACCUGCUAAUACAAGAUACCUCUUCCUUGGUGACUAUGUAGACAGAGGUUAUUUUAGUAUAGAGUGUGUGUUGUACUUAUGGGUCUUGAAGAUUCUGUAUCCAAAUACAUUAUUUCUUUUGAGAGGCAAUCAUGAAUGCAGACACCUCACAGAAUAUUUUACCUUUAAGCAAGAAUGUAAAAUAAAGUAUUCAGAAAGAGUCUAUGAUGCUUGUAUGGAAGCUUUUGAUUGCCUUCCUCUUGCUGCACUUUUAAACCAACAGUUUCUUUGUGUUCAUGGUGGACUUUCACCUGAAAUAAACACACUUGAUGACAUUAAGAGACUAGAUAGAUUCAAAGAGCCUCCUGCAUUUGGACCAAUGUGUGACAUAUUGUGGUCAGAUCCCUCAGAAGAUUUUGGAAAUGAAAAAUCACAAGAGCACUUCAAUCAUAAUACAGUCAGGGGAUGCUCCUAUUUUUAUAGCUAUCCAGCGGUUUGUGAAUUUUUGCAAAAUAACAAUUUGUUGUCCAUAAUUAGAGCUCACGAAGCACAAGACGCAGGGUAUAGAAUGUACAGAAAAAGCCAAACUACGGGUUUUCCAUCAUUAAUAACAAUUUUUUCUGCACCUAAUUACUUGGAUGUCUAUAAUAAUAAAGCUGCUGUGUUAAAAUAUGAAAAUAAUGUGAUGAAUAUUCGACAGUUCAAUUGCUCUCCACACCCUUAUUGGUUACCAAAUUUUAUGGAUGUCUUCACUUGGUCAUUGCCAUUUGUUGGAGAAAAAGUAACAGAAAUGUUGGUGAACGUUCUCAGCAUUUGCUCUGAUGAUGAAUUAAUGACUGAGGGAGAAGAUCAAUUUGACGUAGGUACAGCUGCAGCACGAAAAGAAAUCAUUAGAAACAAAAUACGUGCAAUUGGCAAGAUGGCAAGAGUCUUCUCUGUUCUCAGGGAAGAGAGUGAAAGUGUGCUGACACUCAAGGGUUUGACUCCCACUGGAAUGCUACCUAGCGGAGUGUUGGCUGGAGGACGUCAGACUCUGCAAAGUGGUAAUGAUGUUAUGCAACUUGCUGUGCCUCAGAUGGACUGGGGCACAUCUCAUUCUUUUGCUAGCACUACACAUAAUGCAUGCAGGGAAUUUCUAAUGCUUUUCAGUUCUUGUCUUAGCGGCUGAGAUGAGCAUAGAAUUAUGUGAAAUGGAUACCUAACCAGGGUAUAAAACUAAAAGCAAAUAGUUAGUAGUGGUAGACCAGUAUUGUCAGUCUGAGCUUCCUUCAUUUAAGCAUUUUCAGGUGGCACAAGUGUUUCAGCUGUGGGGUGACUGUUUAGGGCUGUUAAUGGAUUCUAGAGUCAUUUGGUCAUUACAGUACAAUGUAAUUCUUCAUUUUUACUUGUCCACUUUUCAUUCACACAGUUUUAUUACAGAUGUGUUACUAGUUUUAAUUGGUGAAUGUCAAUUUUGAUGCUAGUAUUAACAUAAAGCUGCAGGCUGCUGAGCUUCAUUUUUUCACUUCAUUGACCGAUUGAAAUGUGCUGCGUUUUGUACCCUGGUAAUUAAUGCCAAAGUUUGUUCUCUGUUGUUUGUCAAAUGUUCUGUGUAUAAUUGACUUCCCUGAAUUGUCCUUGUAACAUGCUGUUUCCUUCUUCUGCAGAUGUAGCUGCUUUCUUAGGUCUGUCUGUCUCUCUCUAGUUACAGCUGUAUGUCUGUAUAAGUGUUAAAAUUAAACCACUCUUCUAGACACUUGUCUGUCUCUUGAUGUAGAAACAACAUUGUAGCACCUUGUUUUUGAGGCUUGCUGCAUUUACUGCUGCACAUUGUCUGUGCAUUUUGAAGAUUAAUGUAAUUGAAAAUAUUGAGAAUUGAGAAUAAAGGGAUUGGAUUUAAAUUUUGUAAAGUCAAAAUCAAAGGGUGUUUAAGUGUGCAUAUAUUUUUGCAUGACAAUAAAAAGAACUCUACACAAAACAUACCUGCAAUCUGGCUCAUUGAAUAUUUUUGUAAAAGUUGAUAUAUUUUUUGUUUUUAAACAUGGAAUCAACUUUUCAGAAGACCAUAAUAGAUUUAACUAGGCAUAGCAAGAAUAUCACAACACUCUUACAAAAUGUAUCAAAUGGAUGAAGUCCAGAAUUAUGUUUGUUGUAAUGGAUAACUAAAAUAUCAGCUGGGAAACUGGACUUUACAUGUGCAGCACUUUUUAGCAUAAAUUACUUGAAUGCAUUUAAACUUUGUCUUGGGUAUUUGUAUAGUGCCAAACACUGUCUGGGCACUGAUUUCUAGCAGUAUAGAAAACUUUUAAUAUAUGAACAGAGUCACAUUUUACAGUCUGUUUUCCAAGAGUAGCUACUUUUUGUCAUUUUGAAAUUUAGAUACCUAUAAUGAAAAAUUCAGAACAUUCAAAUCAGGUUUUCUAAAGUUUUAUACUAAACUUUCAGUUAAUUUAUCAGAGCUCUUCUUCAGUGGCUUUGAACUAUAAAUGUUACAUUUUAAAAAUAACUUUUUGAUGGGUGCACAUCUACAAAUUAAGUUUGUGUUCUUUUUAUGUAUGUGAUUGUUUUGUAAAUGUCUGUAACAACAAAUGGUGUCUGUUCCUCAAUCCAUCCAGAUUGAAUAGGUUCCAAAAGAAUAGGUUAUAAUUUCUGUUUGUAUUUUCUUUGUUUAGUGAGACUUUGUUUUGUUUUUAAUUGAAUCUGUGUUCCAAUUUCCUCUCCCUCAUUUCCCAGUUUUUCUUCAUAUAUUGCACUAUAAACACCUGAGAGAGGAUCAAACUGACUAGGAAAAAAAUGUUUUGUUAACAUAUGCAAAACAUUAUCACUAGAAGAGAAAACUGGACAUUUGGAAAGUAUGCAAGAGAGGUUUUUGGGGGGAAGAGAAAAGGAGGAUGUUUUCAGCGACUCCAAAAUGCUUUAUUGUGAUAUUCCUUGAUACACUGAAUCAAUACAUUGGCUAUUUCAUCAUUGUUUCACUGUUUCAAAAUAAUCAAGUUAACUUUUCUUAAAGUGUUUUCAUUCUUACUGAUCAGCGUUUACAAUUUAUUAAAUAUGUAUGCACCCUUUAAACAGAAUCUAGGGAAAAAUAUUUUAAACAUAAAUACAUUCGUUUCCAAACUACAACAAGAAAAGUUCUGAAGUAAAACAACUAUAAUAGAACCUCACUAAUUACACUUUGUUGAAUCAUCACAAAAUUGGUGAACUCUGCACUUCUUGGCAAAUAUUUAGUAGCCAACGCUAUAGUGAGCGUUUACGUUGAAAAUAUUUCAUUAUUUUUAGAAAAUACAUUUACCAGUAUACUAUGAAAUAUAACAACUAACCUACAUUUGAGAAAAUACAUGAAAAGUAUAUUUUGUAAUGUAUAAUCCUUGCUUUUCUUUGUUUUUGUUCACUUGCGAAUUCAGUAAUGAUCAAUGGGUUUCCCAUUCAUUAACACUAAUUAGCAAAGUUCUCUUGUGAUAAUUGGAAAAACCAUCUGUUUCCAUCUGUAUGCAUAGUCAAGCCUUAAUCUGUGCCCUGUGUAGUUUUAGAUUAGUGGGGUAUCUGGUUCAAGUGAUUUGGGCUGGAACUUUUUUAAAAAUCAGAAUAGAUAAAGUGUAUCCAGAUAUAUUUCUAAAUGUAAUAGUUAAGUACAAGCACAGAUAUCAGUAAACCAAAUUAAGCAGUUUUGAAUUGGUGUUUCAGAAGUGUAAUUUCUACCUAACUUCAGAUUUUUCACAAAUGCCUAGUCAGAGCUGUUUCAUUUUAAAGCAAACAAAAAGUGGGCACAGUAGAUCUUAAAGGGACAAUAAUAAACUCUGUACUAAGUUAUUAGAUGAGACCAGAUGGAACCAGUGCCCUGUGAAUCUACAGCUAUGCCCAAAAUAAUUUUGUUCAGGGUUGGCCUUGGGGAGAGUUGAUUGUCUGAGGAAGAAUGUAGCAUAGGACACCUAAAAUGAUAGCCAGUCUAAAGUAUCUAAGUUGUGAGGAAAGGUUUAAAUAAACAUAAAUUCUGAACAUCAUGAAAGGGAUAGAGUAAAUAGGCACAUAUUUUUUGCUGGUAAGAGCAGUGGAAACAGCCUAAAAAUUAAAUAGUAUAAGAACUACCUCACACAAAAGAAAGCAUAUUAAACACUUGAGAAACAUCUGGAUUAAUUUCUGGAAAGGGUAUUGAGUGGAAUUUAAGAUUGUUGGUAUUAAGAUGAUAUUUUUAAGAGGGAAGAUAUUUUAAGCAACAUUGCCUGUAUCCAUAACAUUUUUAUGUGGAGUGGAGUUAUGCAUUUAAUAAUAUAUUGCUAACAUGAGCAAAUUCAGAUAACUUUUUAUUUUACUUGGGCGUCAUUAUUUUAAUGAUACUGUAAGAUGUGACUUUUCUAGUGCCAUUUAUUCAGCAGAAUGAAGUUGUCACCAUUUAUCUAAAAGGAAGUUAGCAUUUUGAUUAACCUACACCCGGAUUCAGCAAGAAACUUAAGCACAUGUCUUUCUUUAAGAUCAUGAAUAGUCCCAGUGAAAUCAGUUGGACUGAUCAAGCACUUAAGUACUUUCCUAAUCUUACUCUGGUUACCACUCUGACCAUUACUCAAAGGAAUGAGAAGAUAUUUUUAUAGGCCUAGAUAUUGCAUUAGAACUGACUUUUUAUCAAGGGGAGAGUCUUAGAACUGCAGAAAAUAAAAGUACCAUGCUACCUGUCCUUAGAAUCUCUAGUGAAGUUGAGAAUUUUGCUUCAAUAAGGAUUUCAGGGUUGGACCUACUGUCGAUCUUUUACUUAAAAGAUUGAAAACAAAGGCCUCAUGAAUAACAAGAUACGAUGGAGAGAGGUUUGGUGCUGUAAUUUAUAUAGCUGACUGGCAAUAUAAAAAGACAAGAAACUACAUGUUUGGUUCACUUUUAAGAUAUUCCUAAAAGUAAUUUAAUUUUUGCUAUCUGGGGACAUUUUUAUCAUAAAAAUGGGGGAAAACCCCCCCCCCCAGUCACACAAAUGGCUAUUUGAUUUACCCCUGAGAGAUUUUUCUCUUUGAAUAAGGACAGCAAGCUUUUUAUAACUCUAAAUAUAAAGGUUGUAAAAGUACUAUAUUAUGAAUAGAAGGUAUUUGUGCAGAUGACUAUUUUUAUAAGACACGUUUUCCAAAGCAACACUGUGGAAAUUAUAGUUAUUUGAACACUGUGAUUUUAAAACAUAAAGUAAAUAAUGUAGAUAGCUGUGUUCUGUUUAGUUUCUUACUCAAGAUAUACUUCACUAAUUUGAAGAAUUAUUAAAUCUGUUCAGAUUGAAUCACAAAUUAAUCAUUUUUUUUCUUACUUUCCCAAGAUUCAUUUUAAUACCUCAUGUUCCAAUUCCUUUGUUAAGAAUCAGUUUAGCAAACAAUUUGUUAGCACUGUGUAAGUUGUCUGUUGAAUGGAGAAACUUCUUAAAUGUCUGUUUUUUGAAAGUAAGAUUGAUGGAAGGCAGAUGCACAGAAUUAUUUAUGCUCAUUAGUGAAAUGUAUCCAAUUUUUCCCUGUGACGAUUUAGUAAUAUGUAGUUUACAUAGCAAGGCAGUACUAAAAAGAUGACUAUGGUCUUGCUAGUCUUAUUAGGUCUAAUAAUUUUACAUUAAAGCAGGCAGUUGUAUAUAUUGUAUAGUGAUACCUUGUGCAAAAUAUGACCUUGAAGAAUCCGCACAUACAAAAAGGUACAGCUGUUUUCACAACUACUUAACUUCAUAAACACUAGCUGGUCAGUUGGAGCCAUGUCUACACUACCGACCUUAGCAUGGUACAGCUGCAGCUGUGCUACUGUAUGGACUCCUGUUGACAUAAUCAAUCCAUCUGUUGUCCUCCCUCCCCCCACCCAUGAGCAUUAGAAGCUAUGUUGGAAGAAGACAUUCUCCUGGUGAAAUAGCACUAUCUACAGUGUUGCUUCUGUCAGUGAAACUCAUGUCCCUCAGAGAGGUGGGGUUUUUAUACCCCAACUGAGAAAAGUGCUAGUGUAGCGGUAGCCUAGAUCUUUGGAAAGUUGACAGUGUAAAUUCAUCCACCAAAGUAUGUCAGUGUGCCUGUCCAAAGCUACUUCAGCUAUAAACAUCUCGAUGGACUUCCCUGAAUGUGAGUUGCUAUUUGGCAGUUAGUAAAGGUGACUUGUUAGAUUUUUAUUUGCAUGCUCUAAUAUAGAAUCAUAGAGCUGGAAGAGACCUCACAACGUCAUCAAGUCCAGCCCCCUGCCCAAUGCAGGACCAAUCCCAACUAUAUCUGACUUUUCUUUUAUGAGUUCAGUUUGAACCAUAAGAUCCCUUUGUAAUUCAGAAUUCAGUGCUGAAAUCCAAGUUCUGAGUUCAGCUUCUGAGUGCAAAAGAUGUGUUCAAGGAUCGUUUUGUCAAACAUUAAAUAAAGGAUAAAAUCCACUUGCACUAAAUUAGUGUUUUGUCUUACUAAUAAAACACCAAUAGUCUUAAUUUUGCUCCUUCAUAAUAUGUUUCUCAGAAACAUGGAGUCAGUAAUGUACUAUGGACCUUCAGAGAAUUUAUAGAAACCAAACUAUGCCCCUAGCUUAAUAGUAUUUAGUGUUGCAUGUUAGUUUUAUGUAAAGAAAUAAUCAGGCAGUUAUAUAUAAUUAGGUAGAUUAAGUUGCAUUAUAUGAUUGUUGCAUUUGAUAAACUGUCACUUAAGAUAUAGGGGUCACUUCAAUUUUUAAAAAAAGUCUUAACUCUUGCAGUAAAAUAUGCAGUCAGAUUUGGGCUUGGGUGAUAUAUUAAAAUGAUCAUUGACUUUUCUGCUAUGCGAUAUUACACUCUUCAUCUUUUUCAUUCAUUUUGCAUGCAACUGCUCACUUCU